UAAUAAUAAUAAUAAUAAUAAUAAUAAUAUUAAUAAUAAUAUGUAAGAAUCUGCUAUUGCUCAUUUUUCUCAUAACACAUUUUCUGUUCUCAGUCAGGUUAAGGCAUAUUUGCUUUAAUUAAAGUUAUUAAGUCUGUUGUUUGUGGUGUUUUUUCCUCAUGACAAGUUGGUGCAGUUUGAGACACUGUACCAACACACACACUGUGGUGUAGACAGGCCAGUACAGGUGCGAUAUGUUAACCAGAAUAUUUUACAGUUAAAGCAUUAAAACAACAUUUACACUAUUUUUUUUUACUUGUAUUGCAGUUUGACCCCAGACAGUGAUUCAUUAGAAGUGUUUGUAAAUCGUGACUUUAUUAGACAGCUAAAUACUGACACUUUCCUGAUUUUGCCUCAGUCGCUUGCAAGACAUUUCAUCAUUCCUCCAAUACCAAGAUCAUAAGCUGUGAAUUAAUUAACAGUAUGCCUCAGGUGUUUCUGCUAUUUCACAACACUGUGUUUUCUCAAACGCUUAAUUUAGAGGUGUUUUAAAUAUAUAUGAUUGGUGCAAUCUGUCUUCCAUAUCAGAGUUUGAGAGAGAAGAGAGUACACGUUUAAACUGCAGUCAUGGACAUCAGCCUUGCUAUUCAGCUCCUUUUAACUCUGGCUUCACUGACUGAAUAUUCAGCUGAAGGGAAAACUGUGACAGUGUGUCGCAAGUCUUUGCGCAAACUCUAUAAGAGGCAGGUGUAUUUGGACGGCUCUGCAGUGUUUCCGCAGGAUGAAGCACGAGAUUUGGGGUGUGUCACGUAUGAGCUCAACAACACCAUCACCACCCCCCCUCCACGUCCCCGCCCGACCCUGCCCGCACGCUGGGUGUACCACCCCCAUCCUGUGGUCGUAUAUCUGCCCAGAAACAACACACAGGUGUGGCCACAGGGCUUGGCUCCUCCUAUGCCUGGAAACUUCAACAUGUCUGAAAUCAUGAAGUCUACACAACAGCAGCCUCAGCCUCAACCCGUGGUGGUGCAUGGUCAGACCCUGAGGCCUGUAUACAGCUUUCCUCCAGAGCUUGAGGCAUUUCUUAGGGACUAUAGAGCGGGACAGGGGGUUGCAGGGCCACGAGGGGCCCAGCUUGUAAUGGCUAAGCCAGUGAACAUGAUUCAGUUGCCCAGCCGAGGACUGUCCGACUUAUUCAACUCAACUGGACGAAUGCCAGAUUUUCAGAAGGGUGGAGAAGUCAUUAAAGGUGCUGAUGCAGCGUUUCCAGGGCCUGCACCGCAUACACCACCCAGACCGUCACGCCUUUUUGGGCAUGUCUAUACACCCAAAUUACCAUACAGAGCUUAUUAUAAACCAUCUCCUUAAACUGGUGUUUCUGCAGCUAACAGCUUCUUUACUGCAAUGAUCCUUCACAUUAUAUUUAGCAGAUAUAUUAUAUAUAACCCUUGUGUUGUUAACUCACUUUUUGACCUGCUACCUUGUUUAGCUCUAGAAAAAAUACCUUAAACUCUCUUUUUCCAACUUUUUUCCAAAUUUUAAGACUUUUCCUAAAGGCGCGCCAUCAUUAGAAAGAGUGAUAGUUUGUUUUUGUUUAUGUUUCCAUGUGGGCUGUACACCACUAGGGUACUAAGAUUGUCUUAUGGGUCAUUGUUGACCCAUGAAUUAUAAAAGCAUUUAAACACCAGAAAAAAUGUAUAAAGGCCACACAAACUUUCUCUAAUACACACAGCAUCAAACAUCAUAAGGAUGGCUCCAGGGCCAACAGUGGAUUCAGCUGCCCAUGUCUAGGACAUUUCAUCCCAUCCACCUUUCUUCUGUUCAUCACACCAGCCAUCUAAACAAUCCUGGAGAAUACAAAUUUGGAGGAUUCAAAAUUCAGUUAGGCUGCUUUAUUUUGGGGCUUUGGUAGGGCAUAUGAUUGUCAGUGGUGGACCCAGGAGGGGUUAUAGAUGGUUAUAUAUGGGAAAUUGUGGGGGGUUGUAGUGAUGGGGCCCAUUAGGGAAGCCCAACUAGGUCCCACUAUCAACACAUUUACAAACCCACUUAGCCCAAGUUCAACCCAUGUGAGCCCCACAUAAUAUGUUAAUCCCACCAAUUGACAGGUUCCAUUGUUAUGAAAUAAUGAAUGUUAUUCUCUACACAUGGUCUCUAUGAUGGUUUUAAUAUUAUGGCUGAUCUGUAAAUCCAGGGACCCUUACCUACUCUAGGUUUCCCACACUUUUAAGUGCAUGCUCCUAUCAAAUAUUACAUUUGCUUGGCUAUGAAAACAUUAACAACUUUAUUUAAGAUCAUUUGAUAUAUGUUGCUGUAAGCAGUUUUAAAUGUAAGUCAGAUAUAUUAAACAUGUUCCCAUUUAAUAUUUAUACAAAGCAACUGAACUGAAACUUUGUAAUUCAUGUAUCACUUUUACGGUUAUUUUUAUGCAAAGUUUGGCAGGAAUUCUGCAGGUAAAAGGAUGUUAUGACUUUAAAAUAGUUUUAGUGCAUCAGUGCACUGCCAGGAACUACAAGUGCCUGUAUUUGCAGAAAAAGAACCAAACUUUGCACUCUGUGUACCAUGAUUAUCAACAGCUGGAUCCAAUACCUCAAGCCAGAAUAUAUUUGCAUAAAACAAUUUUUUUUUGUAUUAUUUUGCAGUCUGCAACUAAAAUAUCUCUGUAACUAGCUUUAUCUAUAUAUUUGUAUAUAUUGAACAUUAUAGAUUAUAGGGUUUUUACUUUAAAAAAGCCACUUGCAUGGGAAUCAGGAAAACCCAUUUCUUUUUUGCAUUUGUUCUUUACAUUGUUUUAGAACUGUAUAAAGUGUAUAAUCGUUCAAAAUACUUUAACAUCGACUUUUAUUGAAAGUUAAAAAGGUUUCUGUGAAGUUGUGGAGAUUCUGUGUUUUUGUGCAUUGUUUGUGUGGGUGAUUAUAGUGAAUUUUUUGGGAUGAAUAAUGAGAACAUUAGUUGUUGAGUGAUAUUGCUGAUUUUUGGUUUCUGUAUUUCACACUAAUUAAUAAAUGCAUUUCAAGUACA